GAAGAACUAGAAACGAAUCCAUUUACACACUGGAGGGGGGCCCUGAACGACUCGUCUUCAUCCGUCAACGAAACGAACCAAGGAAAUAUUUUUUAACCUUUCUAUCAACCUGAAGUCAAUUUUUUUGAGUUGCGCUAGGCCCCCUCCCAAAUAUUGACUGAAAAUAGUAGAUUUAUAGAUUGAAUCAUGGCGGAUUCGAGCAACAGUGCUGCGGCGGCUGGAGCCACAGGCUCGAAUACUGGUGCCGCCGGGGCUGUUGCGCCCGAGGGAGCGACUGGAGCUGCGGGGAUAAAGCCCGUGUUGGAGGUGGUAAAGGGGCAGAACUUUGACGUUGGCCCCCGCUAUGUCAACCUCUCGUACAUCGGGGAAGGGGCCUAUGGAAUGGUUUGCUCGGCCCAUGACGGCAUGACGGAUUCUCGCGUGGCCAUUAAGAAGAUCAGUCCGUUUGAGCACCAGACUUACUGUCAGCGUACCCUGAGGGAGAUCAAGAUCCUGCUGCGGUUCCGCCAUGAGAACAUCAUCGGCAUCAACGACAUCCUGAGGGCCCGCCGCAUCGAGUGCAUGAGGGACGUCUACAUAGUGCAGGACCUGAUGGAAACAGACUUGUACAAGCUCCUGAAGACCCAGAUGUUGAGCAACGACCAUACCUGCUACUUCCUGUACCAGAUCCUGAGAGGCCUGAAGUACAUACACUCUGCCAAUGUGCUGCACCGUGACCUCAAGCCCUCUAACCUGCUCAUCAACACCACCUGUGACCUCAAGAUCUGUGACUUUGGGCUGGCACGGAUAGCUGACCCAGAGCAUGACCACACAGGCUUCCUGACAGAGUACGUGGCUACGCGCUGGUACAGGGCCCCCGAGAUCAUGCUCAACUCCAAGGGCUACUCCAAGUCCAUUGAUAUCUGGUCAGUGGGCUGCAUCCUGGCUGAGAUGCUGUCCAACAGGCCCAUCUUCCCUGGGAAGCAUUACCUGGACCAGCUCAACCACAUACUGGGCAUCCUUGGCUCUCCCACUCCGGAUGACCUGAACUGCAUCAUCAACAUGAAGGCCAGGAACUACCUGCAGUCUCUGCCUGAGAAACCCAAGAUCCCUUGGAACAAGCUGUUCCCCAAGGCGGACAGCAAGGCUCUGGACCUGCUGGGCCGCAUGUUGACCUUUAACCCUAUCAAGCGCAUCACGGUAGAGGAGGCCCUGGCUCAUCCCUAUCUGGAGCAAUACUACGACCCCACUGACGAGCCUGUAGCAGAGGAGCCGUUCACCUUCACCAUGGAGCUGGAUGACCUGCCUAAGGAGAAGCUGAAGGAGCUCAUCUUUGAGGAGACGUUCCGCUUCCAGGCCACCUACCAGGGCUCCUGAGACAUAGAGCUUUGAAGACGAGUGACAAAGCCACACGGAGACUCCAAACGACAAGAUACAAAAAAAACAAAAAACAUAUAUAUAUACAGCAUACAACAAAAAAAAGGACCAGAAACAUGUACAUUUUAAAGUUUUUUUUAUUUUAUUUCUUUCGCGGGGAAGCUGUUUUUUGGGGGGGGGGGCUGUUGUCUACUUAAAGGAAAGAUUCACCCAUUCUGAAUGUUAUUGUUUUUGUGCAUCUCAGCAAUGUUCUAUUGAUUCCUGAGUUGUUUUUUUUCAUGUGUAUCUGAGCUAUUGCCAUUCAAACAGGCAGACAUUUGGAUGGUGUGUCGCUCUCACUACACUGGAAGUUAAUAGGAAUUCGACUUUUAGAUCGCAAAAACGUCUUAUCAUACAUGUCAUAUUUCUCUCGAAUGAGCCAUUGAUCAUAUUUUUUGCGAUAUUCCUACCUUGAGAAAUGUGUAAUUAAACAGAGGGUCCACCACAUUUCUCCUAUUUGUCUGCCUCUUUAGUCCAUGGUGCAUUUCAUGGUGCUAUUGCUUAUGUCAUACUAGGUUAAACAUGGUGAGAGUGCAAUUUUACAACUAACUAUUUCACAUGCUGAUAUUGACUCUGCCAUUAUUGUAUAGCUAGCUUGCCUGCCGGUCCGUAGAGAGAGCAUUGCAUUGUGGGUUUUGUUGUCGAUUUGAGCUGCAACAGAUUUCCCACAAGAUUUUCACAUGUUGCUACCAACCUUAUUAUAACAACAGAAUUUAAAAUGUGUUCACAAAAAAAUAUUGUUCUCACAUUUAGUGUUAUUUAACACUGUAAAUUGUAGGAAUUAAUGGUUUUGGGUGGAUAUUUCCUUUAAGUACUUCUGCGCUCAUUUUAACCACCAUCAAGGAGACUCUUCCCUCUUUCUCUUUUACUGCUUUCUGCGCGGAGUGUGUACUGUUUAAAAAGCAAGAACUUAAUCUGACCAACUCAAUUUUACCACUCGUCCCUGUGAGCCCUUUCUCUUUUUUCCCCUCUCAGUAAAUCGGGUGUUCUUUCCAUCUCUUUCUCACUAGUCACAGUAUGUGUUACUGUAUUAACCUACACCUUAACUGUCUGUCUUGCUCCAUGGAAUUAUUGUUUGAGAAAAGAAAAGAUAGACAGGUGACAGUUAGAUGUGUACAUAUAAAUGGUUUUGUUUGAGUGAUCUCGUGGAGGUUUGGUUUGUACGCCGUUAUUUGAAUGUUUUAUGAACAGUCAGGAGUCGUAUUUGUAUGUUUUGAAGUUUAUAUUUGAGAGAAUUGAUUUGUUUUUUGGAACAUUGAUUUCUAGACAUUCUUUACUUGAUAAACAAACAUUCUAUGUUUUAACGGCAUGUUGGUGGUUUUAUAUUUUCUUUUUUUUAGAAAUAUGUAUGUUGUUAAUCUAAAUGAACAAGCAUUCAUUCUUGAAAUGUACCAAAGUGGCGAAGGUAGAGUGGUAUGGAGGCAUGGAGAGAUGAGGAAUGGCUUGAAUCGUCUUUGUACUGUAACCCACAGCUGGUUUAUCUCCACCCUCACUUAUUCAAAGAGGACGUCAGAGUUUUCAGAUAGAAAUACAUGGCCUAGAACAGGCAUGAUUACCCCACAUCUUAGAAAUUCUGACGUGAUUCCCUAUUCUCUGUGCUAGUCUCUGACUCACUAACACCGAUCAGCGACAUGCCACAGACCCUCACCGGUCCUUUAAAUGGGAGGUUAAGGAAAAACUGAAUCUUUUUUUGAAGAGGGGUGCCUAUAGUAUGUUUCUCUUCUCCCAAAACAAAUCUGCCACCAUAUUAGAAAAUUCAAAUUUCUCCUGUCUGCCAAUUUGCCAUUCCCUUCUCCUCCCUUCAUGUGUCUGGUAUUGUUUCAGGGAGGACAGUGAUUUGUAAAUACUCUAUUUAGUUGUGGAGGGUGGCAGGCAGAAUCAGCAGAUAUACGACUGAUAUUUACUUUACGCUUGUUAAACUGAUAAUGGUUGCCACGGUUACGGUGUCUAGGUAAUUAGUGGCUGAUUUUUGCUCUUUGUUUCCUUCUAAUCUGCCGUGUUUCAUGGUGGGCUUCGCUCAGAGCUUAACGCAUUGCUGUCACAUUUUCCACUCACAUCUAACAGUGGACCGCUUCAUUUCACCGUAGCACAUCCUUAGCCCCUCAGAAGCUAUAAGCCUCUAUUCAUGGUAGAAGUGGCCCUACUUAAAGAUCUGGGAUCAUUUUAGCCUCUCCUAAUCCUUCUGUUUGGCCAUUAGAGGAGGCGGAGAGUAAGUAUGAGUCCAGGGCUGUGUUCAGGAAGUCUUUACGUCCUGGGACGUUCAAUUGAACUGACACAAUGCUGUUGGGGAACGCGAUCAGCAUGGCUACUGCCCUUUAAAAACGCUGUCAGUUAUGAGCAAACGUGCCUGUCUGUUCAAGAAUAUUUUUGGGAAACGUGUCAGUCAGUACAAACCGUUGCGCAACGUAGCAAAUGUUAAAGCGAACUGAACGCACCUCUGAUCGAUCCGUGGAUAUGGGCAGUAUCAUCCAUUCCACACACCCCCAAUUACCAGCCAUGCUUUACUCAAAGGGCUUUCUCCCUCAGGUCCCACCCGCCACCCUUUUAUCUCGCUUCUGAUUGGCCGAGACCUACCAAACCACAUCCCAGGUUGGCUGCCAUUUGCUUACUCAUUUCUUUUACUCUUAUUUCCUGCUGUAAAUUGUUUUUGUUUCCUCCUCCCCCCUCCCUCAAUGAUUACUGUUCCAUCCCCAAUCAUGGCUAGAAAUGAAAGCAGAUCUGAUUUUUAAAGUGGAGGAGCAUUGCUUGAGUGACAUCUGUCAGUUAGCCUAGUGGUUAGAGCGUUGGACUAGUAACCGGAAGGUUGCGAGUUCAAACCCCCGAGCUGACAAGGUACAAAUCUGUCGUUCUGCCCCUGAACAGGCAGUUAACCCACUGUUCCCAGGCCGUCAUUGAAAAAAAGAAUGUGUUCUUAACUGACUUGCCUGGUUAAAUAAAGGUAAAAUUACAAAUUAAAUGUUGGGGGAAGAGGGGUUACUUGAGUCAAUCAUGUUUCUCAAUCAGCGCACCUGCACUUUGCCACACUAACCCUUCUGUUUUUUUUGUUUGUUCUUUUCAGCUGUUUUAGUCUUAAGUCAAGACAUCAGCCUACUCUUUUGUUCUCUUUCCUCCCUCUUUAAUCUGCUUGCUUUUCUGGGCAGAUUUUUCAUGGAAGCUCACUGGAGCCCGUCACACUUUUUAUUGAGUGUGUGCGUGUCAAGUGUCUUAACACACAUUUGCAGUGGACCACCCUGGUCCGCGCUGUUUCAUUGUGUGUGUCUGUAUAGUCUGUGGUUGACAGCAGACACUACUCCAAUCGGCAGUAUGUAUGUGUUCUUCUGCGUCUGUGUUUUAUCUUUUUGAAACGCACUCCAGAGGCUUUCCCGUUAUUUCUAUCUGCAUGUUUGGAUACUUGUGACUGUCUGUGGUUCUGACCAAAAGCUGCUUUACUAUUUCCCCCCAUACACACACACACACACACACACCAGCGACAGACCCAACUGACCGCCAGUCUCAACGGAGAACAAUGCGAAUGAACCAACGGGACCAUGUUUUGCAAUACGCAAUCACUCACUUUUUCACAGACACACGCAUACACAUAUCCUUGCACACAAAACACACCACAUAUGCACACACGCACACAAUACAUGAAGAAAAAAAUGCAUAGUCAGGCCAGUUUCUAAAUAAUGUCCUUUUUAAAUGGCUGUUCUUAUUAUUGCUAUCGUUGUUAGUGGUGGUCUUUUUUUCACAUAAGGGAGUUGUAUCUUCUUUUUUUGUAUAAAUGUUUUUAUUUCCCUUUUUGUUUCUCUUAUGGGUGUGCUAUAACUGGCAGUGUUUUCACUCUUUAUGGAACCUAUUUUUUUCCCCAUUAUUCUUUUUGAAUGAAGAUGAUAUGCCAUAUGAGUAGGUUGUCAGAGAGAUGAGCUAUUGAGGGUUAUCGUCUAUGUAUAUUCUAUGGGUAUUAUGAAUUAAACAAUUAACAAAGAAACAAAAUGAUAUACAUAUAAUAAAUAAAAUUCCUGAUACUGGUAAA